AUGGCUUCCGACAAGAUCCCCGACGUCUAUGGUUCAGGCACCUUUACGGACAAGACCUUCACUCCCGUACCAGAGGACACUCAACGCAUCUUCCGCCUCAUCGCCAAGCAGACUCCUGGCUUCACACAAGAUGAAAAGCUGCUUUCAAAGGUCCAAUUUACCGGAGAGUCAUACCCUGUUAUUCCCGGUCCCAUCAAAGCAACUUCAGUUGCGGCUGCCCUGCAUGCUAUGACCGGCGUUCUUGCCGACGAAAUCCUCGCUCUUCGCGGCGUGAAGAACGAUGAGCGUCAAAUCACUGUCAACACCACCCACGCCGCGAUUUGGUUUGGCUGUAUCGCUACAGCGUUUCUUGACGGUGUCGACGUCGUCAGCCUCGUCAAACAGGGCAAGUUGAAGGAGCUGCUGCCCGACUGGGAGCAGGGCUGGACAGACACCCCGCUGAAAUACCGUGCCACCGGCCUGUACCCCACAAACAACCCCGAGGUCUGGUACUCUCUUCACGGAAGCAUGAACGCCGAGCCAGUCCUUCGGUCCAUCGGAGUCGAUCCCGCUACUCCCAUCAAAACCCCAGAGGAGGCAGCUGCUCACAUUGCCCAAUACACCUCGAAGUUGAGUCCGGAGAAGAUGGAAAUGACGAACCUCAUGAACGGUUUCUGCGGUAGUAUCUGCUUUACUCCAAAGCAGUGGCGCGAAUCCGAGAUGGGACGUUCGCUUUCGAAACAUCCUCUGGUCAACGUGCAGAAGCAAGAGCAGACAAUUCCCACCCCUCCGGUAUCUUUCCCCCCUCUGAGCCCCGACGACAAGCGCCCCUUGGCCGGCGUCAAGGUUGUCGAAAUGACCCGUGUCAUCGCCGGUCCGGAGAUCGGAACCAUCCUGGCUGCUUACGGCGCCGAUGUGAUUCGUGUCAACCCUCCCCACUUGCCGGACAUCAACAUCAUGCAGUUGACCCUUAAUGCCGGCAAGCGCACUAUUGCGAUUGAUCUGCGCAAGGAGGCAGACGCUGCUCUGCUGAAGUCUCUUGUCUCCGAAUGCGACGUCUUCAUUCAAGGCUUCCGCAUUAACAAGAUGCCCAAGUUCGGCCUUGGCCUCAACGAUCUGCUGAAGAUGGCCGGUGAUCGUGGCCGUGGUAUCGUUUACGUGAGCGAAAACUGCUACGGCCCCGACGGAUACUAUGCCGAGCGACCUGGCUGGCAGCAAAUCGCAGACGCGUCUGCUGGAUCGGCGUACGUCACUGGAAAGUCGCUGAAGCUGCCCAACAACGAGGCUGUCCUCCCCAGCUUGCCCAUUUCCGACAUGUCGACGGGCGUUCUUGGAGCCGUUGGCGCCAUGCUGGGUCUCAAGAGGCGGGCUGUCGAGGGCGGAAGCUACUACUCGCAUGCCAGCCUGACUGGGGUGAAUGCUUACGCUCUUACCGAAGAAGUUGGACUUUACCCCGAAGCUACCGUGGAGGAGUGCAAGGAACGCUUCCAAUGGGGUGAAAUGAGAGGAUCUCACCAUGUCCUCGACCUGCUCGUCACCGUGUGGAAUGGUUGGAAGAAGGUCCUUGGCGAUUACCUUCAGCCUGAGAGCGGCUGGUUCCAAAGCUUUGACGCCAGCGCGUACGGCAACAAGCGCUUGAGCAUUCUCAAACCAGUAGUCAAGUUUGAAGGCGAGCGGGAGACCACCCCAGAGUGGAAAACACCGAGUGUGCCUUACGCGAACGAAAAGGCAGACGCGGUCAAAUUUCUUUGA